CUAUUUUGAAAACUUACUCAGUUUGACAGCGUACUUUUCGAAGUAAACACUUGAUCCAGUGCAAGUGGCUGAGUGUGGUGAACUUAUGACCGAGGAUGGCGUUCGAGGACCGCUCCAGCCCCAACACCACCGACGAUGCCUCCCAGAUCAAAACCCCCAACUCCCCCGAGUCCUCCCGGACCUCUCCCUACACCUGCACCACCCUCUCGCAGGACUCCCCCAAGGGCGACUUCUUCCGCAUCACCUCCUUCGCCCUGUCCAGCCCCAGGGCCUCCCCAUCCCCGCCGCCCCAGCCCGAGCCCGUCAUCCAGACGCUCAAAUACUCCAUCAGGAACAUACUAAAGCCCGAGUUCGGGAAAAACGCCGUUCUUAAAACACGCACCAAGAUUGGCUUCAAGCCCUAUGAGAUUAAAGAGGACGUCAAACCCUUCUCGACGGCGCCGCUGGGCAGCCUGUGCCAAGCCGUGUCGCAGAUCGGGAGUCCGGAGCCCGUGGCGAGGCCGAAGAGUCCGGUAAAAGGGCUGUUGCCCACUCCGGACGAUAUCAAGAAGGACGAGGGGUCGGUGCCCACCUUGUGGCCCGCUUGGGUCUACUGCACGCGGUAUUCGGACCGGCCCAGUUCAGGGCCGCGCUCGCGCCGCAUGAAAAAACCGUCCAAACCCAACGGUGAGGACAAGAGGCCGCGGACGGCUUUCUCCAGUGCUCAACUGGCACGCCUCAAGCACGAGUUUAAUGAAAAUCGAUAUUUAACCGAACGGAGGAGGCAGCAGUUAAGUGCCGAGUUGGGUCUGAACGAGGCACAAAUCAAAAUUUGGUUCCAAAAUAAGCGAGCCAAGAUCAAAAAAUCCUCGGGUCAGAAAAACCCACUGGCGCUGCAGCUGAUGGCGCAGGGACUCUACAACCACUCGACAGUGGCGUGCGACGAGGACGACUUGCCCCUCUCGUCCUAAAGGACUUCAUAGCUUCUAAGCCGAUCUCAUUGUAUUUAUUUGUACAAAUUAUUUAGGUGCAUUAUUGUUGUGUAAAUAUUGUAGAGAGCGAAGGCAAAUCUCGUAGUUGCGUAAUUUAUAAGCCAUUAUUGCUUGAAAUUUUGCGUGAAAAUAACACGAGUAGUUAUGUAGAUGUAGAUCGCUGUGUAUGAUAAAAGCCUUAAAAAUAGACUGAUUAAAUAUUUAGAUUAUAGCAAAUUGUGCAAUGUUCUCUUAAGACUUUCUUGUAUAUAUGAAAUAAAUAUUGUUCUUCCAU